AUGGGUUCUCUAGGCACAAGCUUCUACAAGUCCAACGGGCCCAGCGACCCGACCGGUCCAACGGGCAAGUUGUCAAACUGGAUACAUGAUGUAUCUUUGGACGCCAUCCCUCAGUAUAUUCGAGAUCGUGCUAAGUACCUCUUACUCGAUGGAUUGGCAUGUCUGCUUGUUGGCGCUCAGCUCCCGGGGUCACAGCUCGCUGUUCGUGCAAUACUCGGGAUGGAGCCUCCUGGGCAUUGCACGAUCUCAGGCUGGGCUGACAAGAAAAUCAGUCCUCUCCAAGCUGCGUUACUGAAUUCUACCUUUAUCCAAGCCUUUGAACUGGACGACUGGCAUUCCGAAGCACCUCUCCACAGCAACAGUUUGGUGAUUCCUGCAAUCCUUGCGGCCGCCGAGCAUAGCACGUACACUAACGGCUCCGACUAUGAUCACAGGCCCAUUACAGGCAGCGACAUGCUACUGGCUAGUAUCGUUGGUUAUGAAGUCGGACCUCGGGUUGGCCUUGGCAUGUAUGGAGCACACAUGCUAACAAUGGGUUGGCAUUCAGGUUCAGUUUUCGGACCUUCACCGGCCGCAGCGGCCAGUGCAAAAAUAUUGCGUUUAAGACCGGGUCAAAUCGAGGACGCACUCGGCAUCGCUUGCACCCAAGCAGGGGGCCUCAUGUCAGCACAGUAUGAAAGUGACGUCAAACGCAUGCAGCAUGGCUUUGCAACGCGCAAUGGCCUCAUGGGCACCCUGCUCGCCCGGACAGGAUACAAGGGCAUCAAGAGGGUAUACGAGCAGGAAUACGGCGGUUUCCUGACCUGCUUCACGAGGGGUAAUGGCAUGAAACCAAAUGCCCGCCCUGAAGAAGUUUCCAAAGAGCUAGGCGAGGUGUGGAAAGUCGCCGGGGUGAAUGUCAAGGCUUAUGCUGCCAUGGCCGGAACGCAUUGCACGAUUGAUUGCAUGCGGGAGUUGCAGAAUAAGUACCCUUCACAGAUGAAGGACUUGACGCGUAUCGAACACAUCAUCAUCGAAAUGGGAGAGGCGUCGUACCAUCAUGGAGGUUGGCAAGCCAAUCGACCCCUGGCUGCAAUUGGGGCCCAGAUGAACAAUGCCUAUGUCGGCGCUACGCAGCUUGUCGAUGGAGUGGUCCUCCCGCCACAGUUUGCCGACGACAUGUUGGACAGAAACGAAGUUUGGGACUUGGUCGCCAAGACGGAAUGUCGAGAAAGUCACGACUUUAAGCAAAAGUUUGCUCAGCGUGUCACCAUCACUUUCGUGGAAGACGAAGCGGGCCAAGGCCAAGAGCAUCUUGUCGUAGAGCUGCCCGGACCCAAAGGCGUCGUGCCCGAACUUUCCAACCAGGAAAUCGUGGAGAAGUGGAGAGCUUUGGCUGCCACGGUUAUUGACAAUGCACGAAGGGAGAAGAUUGAAGACUUGGUGCUGAAUCUCGAGUCGUGUUCGGACAUCAAUAAUCUGAUCGAGCUAUUGGCGCCACUGACCAGGAACCCUCUAGCCACGGAGGAAAAGGAGACGUGA